GAUGCCUGUAGUGUGAGACUUCUGUACUCUUUCCUCAGUGCUUUCGAAGUGGAGACUAUUGUAAACAAGACGCUGCGGACUGCACACGGGGGAAAUGAGGACUCAACUCUGUGGAGUGGAAAGUCGGCGGAGAUAGGCGCGAGAUUGCGCGAGGUCUCGCCUCACAACUUCCAGGCGACACAGUUAAAGCUUCGUGGCGAGAUUUCAGGUGGAAACCAUUCAUCGCCGGUUUAAACGGAUCACUUGGUUAAGAUGCGGGUAUAACCUCGUGGUUCCGUCUCCGUACUUCCGAAAAGAUUUGUCGUAGGCAGUCAGUCGCGCAGUGUGUAUUUACCAAGAGCGCAAGAUGGAUCAGAUGCUUCCAAGUCCUGGCUUCAGCAUACCCAGCAUCGGCACACCUCUGCACCAGCCAGAGGAGGAUCAGCUGAUCUUGCCGAACGCCAUGCAGCAGCAGCAGCAGUCGCAGCAGUUCCAGCAGCUGCACUCGAUGAGCCCCAACAUGCAGAGCGGCAUGCUGAUGAUCACGCCACAGAAGAACAUGCACACAUACGCCCCGACGCCAACGUUUGCGACGCCGCAGAGUCUUAUGCAGCCGCAAACGCCGCAAAAUAUGAUGUCUCCAAUAGUACCGCAAAAUAGUCAAAUAGCGCCGCCAUCGAUAGGCCCCGCGACCCCUGGGCCAAUGACACCGAUGACCCCAGCUUCCGCAGAUCCUGGAAUAUUACCACAGUUACAGAAUAUUGUGUCUACCGUUAACUUAAAUUGCAAGCUUGACUUGAAGAAAAUAGCGCUCCACGCUAGAAACGCCGAGUAUAACCCAAAAAGGUUCGCGGCUGUUAUCAUGCGAAUAAGAGAACCAAGGACCACCGCGCUGAUAUUCAGUAGCGGCAAAAUGGUUUGUACCGGCGCCAAGAGUGAGGGUGAUUCGCGUCUUGCGGCCCGAAAGUAUGCGAGAAUUAUUCAGAAGUUAGGUUUUCCUGCAAAGUUCCUAGAUUUUAAAAUCCAAAAUAUGGUUGGCAGCUGUGAUGUUAAGUUUCCAAUUAGAUUAGAGGGUUUAGUGCUUUCUCACGGACAAUUCUCAUCGUACGAGCCAGAGUUAUUUCCAGGUCUAAUAUAUAGGAUGGUCAAACCUCGAAUUGUAUUGCUCAUAUUCGUCUCAGGGAAAGUAGUAUUGACGGGUGCAAAGGUUCGCAAGGAAAUUUAUGAAGCCUUCGACAACAUCUAUCCAAUAUUGAAGAGCUUUAAAAAGCAGUGAUUCUCUACGUAGCGUUAUUUUUUUAAAUAAUUUAAUAUAAUUGUUUCCGACCAAUUCCAUUUCUAAUACAGUAUAGUUAUUUUGUAAUAUAAAAUCUCAGUGAUGAAGAAACUUAAUAGUUUGCUAUCGUUUAAUCAGUUGAGUUACAGCGUUAAACAUCCCUUUGAUUAUUUUCAAUAUACGAAACGUCUCAGAUUAGAUAUUCUACUUACUGCAAAUCUGUUUUAGCUUAUAUUAAAUCGAUAUUUUCUUAUUGAAAAACUUGAUAUAUACACAUAACGUUUGAUUAAUGGGCAUAAUUUUUUGUUAACCAAACUUUGAGAGAAAAAAUAGAUAAGAAAA